UGCCGACGUAGCCGACGUGCAAGCUCCUCUCCAACUCUCCCCUCGACGUCAACACCUUCUAACUCGAGCAUGCCAGACGCUUCUGACGCACUCGCCCGUGAUAUCUUCGGAGGGUCUGAUUCAGAACUUUCUUCUGACGAAGAUCGUGUCGAAGUGCCCUCCCGCUCUCGUGAAGGCUCCAGUCAUCCCAAAGGCCAUCGUUCUAUUACGCCCUCCGACGGGGAGGCCUCUGGCGACGAUGACUAUGUCGAGCGUGAUGGUGCAGGACCUGGGCCCGGCAAAGCUGUCAAGAAGAAGGGAAAGAAGAAGAAGUCAGUUAGGAUCGCUGAGGAUAGUGAAAGGAGAGAGAGGAAAAGGAAAAGAUCUUCAACUAAAAAGAGGGACGAGUAUCAGGACAUUGAUUUGGACCAGCUGCCUCCUGAGCAAGCCUCAAAGAUUCGCCUCAACCAAAAAAUUGAGGCGGCUCUCAAAUCUGGUCGUUCUAGGUCCUCCGUUUCCUCUCGUUCAAAACGCAAAAAGAACGACGAACAGAUUCUUGACUCAUUCGCUGAUGAUGAAGUUGCCCGCCUCAGAGAAAGUAUGAAUGCUGCCGUUGAUGAGGAUGCCAGAGUUCGGCAAGAGUGGAUACAAAAUGGUGGAGAGAAGGCUCCGGCCAUGGCCAAGUUGAAAAUGUUGGCCGAAGUUGUUGAAGUGUUGAGAAAAUCUUCUCUCGCUCAGUCUAUAAUAGAUAACAACCUUCUCGAUGCUGUCAAGAGGUGGCUGGAGCCUCUUCCCGACCGCUCCCUUCCAGCACUGAACAUACAAAGAGAGCUAUUCGCGCUCUUAAGGAAAAUGGAGUUCAUCGAUUCGACUGUAUUGAAGGAAAGUAGCCUGGGACCGUUGGUUUUGUUUUAUACAAAAUGCAAAAGGGUCCAACCCGACGUUCGGCGAACUGCCGAGGAGCUCAUUAGUGUAUGGAGUCGACCAAUCGUCAAGCGUUCGGCGAGCUUCCGCGACAGAGUUAUCCCUACCGCCCUUUCUUCCAACUCUAUGGACAUUGAUGAAGGGGUUGGAGCCAGUCAGAUAAUAGGUGCGAGUCAAAGGUCCAGCCUGAAUGCAAUUAUGGCGAAAGCCAAGGAGGAAGAGAGGGGCAGAGUGAGAAAGAACACAGUGGCGAUUCCGCAGAGAAGCCUGGGUACUUAUACUCUGGCGCCAAAGGCCAACUCUGGGCUACUACGUGGUAACAACCAGAGUGUCGACGAAGAUGUUCAGAGAAGGAGAAAGAAUGCCGAGAGGCUUAGAAUGCUGACUAGGAAGGUCAAGGGUGGUACAUCGUGAAUGACCAUUCCGUGUUCCUCAAUGCAUAUCAGUGUCGUUUUUUUUUUCUGCCAUUGUCUUGUACUAUCCCCCCCCCCUCUCCAUCCCACCACGACCACUACCGGCCGGAUUCUUCGGAGGUGGUAUUUUUUUCUCGCUUGGCAAACAAUCGGAAGGGAUGUAAUAUUUUUUAAUCCAGCGUCACCGGUCACUCGUACUCGUCAUCUGGGAAACUGCCCUGAAGUGAACUGCCCUCAGGGCAACAACUGCGGGCCGCUCGC